UUAUAAAAAUGACGAGCCUGGGAAAUCCAUUACAUGACCCGACAAUAAAGGAAUUGCGGUCAUUGCAGCAUUUAGUGUUUACAAACGUACCCUCAUCGUCAACGAGAGAGUUGCAUUAAUAAAAAACAAACCUUCAAAAAUGUCCGAGGAAGCAAAGAAGGAGGAGAAACCAACAGAACACAUCAACCUGAAAGUGCUGGGUCAAGAUGGCCAGAUGGUGCACUUUAAAAUUAAAAAACAUACUUCAUUGAAAAAGUUGAUCAAUGCAUAUUGUGAAAGAUCAAAACUUGCCCAGACGACAGUAAGAUUUAGAUUUGAUGGUCAGCCAAUAUCAGAGAAUGAUACUCCUCAAGGACUGGAAAUGGAAGAUGGUGACACAAUAGAAGUAUUCCAGCAGCAAACUGGAGGAAGAUCCUGCCAUAGAAGCCAUCACUUGCAGUUGUGACACUAUAUGUUUAUGGAUUGCUUGGAUUAAAUCAGAAACUUUUUUCAUCUGCUAAUUGAGUAAAAGCAGGCAGUGGUAAAUGUUUUGUACAUUACGAGUUUAAGUUUUGUAAAAGGCAUUAUCUGUUUGACUUUUACCCCAAACAUUUGAACCUCCAUGAACUUUCCAUCGUAGCCCUUUUUCUAAACUCAGCGGGAAGACGUUUUAAGAGAAUUUUUGUUGUUAAGUGUGGGAAGUCAUUUAUUUUUUAUUUGCUCUCUUCCUCCUCAUUUUCCCUUGCCUGUAGCAGUUGCUAAGGAUGUCGUAUUAUCAUGUUCUAUGGUCAUUAUAGAAAUACUAUCAUUCAUUUUCAUAAAAAUGUAUUGAUACAUUAAUUUUGAACUUACAUUUUUCUUCAUGGUUGUAUUGCUGUCACAGUCCUUUGAGGAAGGUCAGUGUACUCAUCAGUUUACUAGUUUACUUAAUUUUUCAUUCGCUGUGUAUCAUUUGAGGAAAGAGGAUAUCGUUGUAGGUACAGUACAGUUUAACUUCGCUCUAAUAAUCUUUACUGACGCUACAGAGUUUAUAUCAAUUACAGUAAUUUGUAACUUUCACAAAGAUUCUCAUGUUGCUCUACUGUAGUUACGUAAUCUCUAAUGGAUAAGGAUUGGAAUAACUUAUGUUGCGUCACUUACCCUGAACAUGCACAUUAAUAUUGUUUACCAUAGCAGAAACUGCAUAGUAUAUGUUGUUUUAUAGUUUUUCUUUUGAAUAACAGUGGCAUUCUGAUUUAAAGUAUCUUUCAGAAAAAGAAUUGAAUUGUUCUCUCACCGUGAAGGAAUCUCGUUGUUCUGACAUAAACAACAAUACUACAUCUUGUGGAAGUCAGCUUUUCAAACUUUAUUUACAACUACAGUAUACAUUCAACUUUAUUGGUGUUGAGUCCACAGACUCACUUGAAUCAUCUGUUGAUCUUCAACUAGUUUGGUAUUUAGAAUGCACUUACAAUCGUAAGUUCUUGUUGUUCAGGAUAUGUAGAAUGUAUCAUUCACACAAUGGUAAGUACAGUACUAUAGCCUGUAACUGUAGAGCCAUAAUAAAGUCUGGAACAGCUGAAAUAUUUAUUUAAAAUGAAAUGUGAAUACAGUACACUGUUUUAUGGAAAAAAUAUUGCUUGUGUUUUAAGUGGACCAGAAUUGGUUUCCCCCCUCUCCCCAAAUAUAUUUUAAGGAAAGCUAGAAUGUGGAGUUUAACUGUACUUUACAAUCACUAUUCCUAUAGCAAUAAUGGCAUGUUGGUCAUUGCCAGAAAUUGCUGUAUGAAUGCUAGAUUACAACUGCUUUUGCUCACGGACAAAACUGCUCCGCAUGGAUUACUUACGUGAACUUGACGGAGAGAUAUUCGGGCCUACCUGACUGACAUGGCCUAAAGACUUUUGACUCAAAAUAGUUUAUAAGAAUUUUUUUCCUGUAAUGUUUUAUACUUCAGAUGUAGCUGACAAAACUAUAUUCUUAAUCCCCUUAAUACUUUAUGAUGGAACCCUCAACCUUUCCCCACUGUGUGGGAUGGCAGGAAUUGCCAUGUUUUACAACAUGUACACUGGUCACUACCUAGUUCUUGAUAAUGGUGAGAGAAAAAUAAAUUGUUAUUUGAUUAAC